UUCAAUCCUUACCUUCCAAUGGACGCCACUCAAAAACUCUCCUCCUUCAGCUGCGAAAUCAGAAUCCUCCAAGCCAAAACCAUACACUUCACAUCUCCAAAGAAUCUCUUCGUGAGGUACUAUCUCUCAGCAGGAAACAACAACAGAAUUCGCCUCAACACCAAAAAAAUCUCCUCAUCCUCCGACUUCACCUGGAACGAGGCUUUCUCUUUGGAGUGUUUGGGGACAGAAGAAUCCAUCCAUGGCCUCAAACAAGCAACUGUCGUGUUCGAGCUCCGGCAGGCCAAGACACUGCCGGUUCUCGGAACCGUUUCGGGGUCUCAACUUCUGGGGAGAGCGGGGAUCCCGUGGGAGGAUGUUUUUGAAUCGCCAAACAUGGAAAUUGAGAGAUGGGUUUCGUUGGUUUCGGGUGGUGAGAAUGGAUUUGGUCGUGAAGGGUUCUUCAAGCAACCGAAGUUGAAGGUCGGGAUGAGAGUGAGAGGUGCUGAAGAAGUGGCGAAGGAGAAGAAGAGGAGAUUUAGGAAGUGGAGUGAUGAGUGCUUUGACCAUUGUGCGGAUCAUGAGGUCUUUGCUCUUGCUGCUGCCAUGGAGUUCUUGUAGUUGUCGCUACAAACUAAUUAAUUGUUGAGACUGAGAGUGAAAAUUAUAAACGUGAUUCUUUUCUUUUAA